CUCCACUUAAACUUCGCAACUGCAGUUCCCUUUCGAGUUUUGUAAUUGGGGUUAGGUCCAGCAAUAAACCCCCAGCCGUUUAAUAACAAAACGAAACCAAAUAAACCAGCAAAACUGAAAUGCAAAUUAAAUUUGGUUUUAAUCAAGCAGAGCCAGAGACUCAUGUAUUUUCCAUGCGGGGGCCGAGCCACAAGGCCGUGUUCAACAAGCAAAUCAAUUAAAGGGCUGCGCCUCGAGCGUCAAACAAAAGGCAAAAGUCAAGAUUUUUUGGAUACGAACUCGACCUCAAACGAAGUCAUCACUUGACCACUUCAGAAGACAAUGGGACAAGCGAUGCAUUAGGCAAACAAAAGCAAAUACACGAAACGUGAUCAAAGUUUUUCCAUUCGAUUUAUGGCUUGUGCAUCCAAAACUGCCGGACAACCGGUUCGAUGCCGCCGGAUUCAUCGAUCAAGUCAUUGGUGAGCGAUUGAAGAUCAGCUACAGAUCAAGUUCAAAGUCAUUUGGCUCUUCUAGUGGCGCUUCCGUUGCCGUCGGCAUGAGUUGGCCAAACAGUUUUGGGCAUAUAAAAGCCAAAGCAGAACAUCGCAUUCACAGCACACAUCUUUCGUUGAGCGCAGUCUAAACACUUGAAAUCAUGAAAUUCCUGAUCAUUGCCCUUGCCUUCCUGGCCUGCGCCUUUGCUGAUGUCUCGGAGCUUUCCGGCUACGACUACCAGCAGCCAGCUCCUGCUCCCGUGGAAACCUACAUCCCACCUGCACCGCCAGCACCCGCUCCCGUCGAGACCUACAUCCCACCUGCACCCCCUGCACCCGAGUACAUCCCACCUGCCCCUGUCCAGGCCGAGGAGCCCAUCAUCGAGGAGAUCGAGCAGCCCGCCCAGGACGGCUACCGCUACAAGACCGUGCGCCGCCGCGUCUUCCGUCACCGCAACUAAAUUGAGAGCCAUUUGUUAUUGUUAAUUUGUUGACUCGAGUGCGAUUGUUGAAUACCAUCUUCGGAAAUUCACUUGGAGAGUAAAUAACUGUGAAAA